AUGUACUCCAAUAACAUCUCUGCGGCGCAAAUUCGCGAUGAAUACGACCGCCGGCUGGCGGAUGCGACGCGCCAGGCUGCAGAGGAGGAAGAAGCCGCUGCAAUGGACCAAGAAGAACCCGAAUACGAGCCCACGCCGGAAUCAGAGUCCCCCGAAGACAAAACAAAGAAGCGCAAACGAAUGCAAGCCAUCGAGAAUAUCAAGAAGAGCAAGGAAUUCGCCCGCCGCAAGGCCCGCCGAACCGGAGAGCCGGACGACGAUGACGAUGAAUUGGCAAAUACUAUGAUGGAUGAGAAGCAGCGACCUAAUCCAGGUCAGCUAGACAACUGUGAACUCUGUGGUAAGCGCUUCACGGUCACUGCCUAUAGCAAGACAGGCCCUACUGGGGGCCUUCUCUGCGCAGACUGCUCUAAGAAGCAUGCCGAUGGUGGUAAGAAGGCACCGGCCAAGAAGCGUAGCUCUGGCAUCGGGCGUCGUCAAAAUCAGAGCAAAUUGUUAGAUGGCAUGUCCCCACAUGGUACCCAGAGCUUGCUAGAAACAUGUAUCAAGAAAGUUGCCGAGCAUAUUGACGACGUGGAAGAAUUUGGCGACCUCCCCCCUCCGGUGAUGCAUCGCCUUAGCCAGAUUCUAUCCAGAAAACGCGCGGUGACCUCAAAGACCUUGGAUCUCUUCUUACGGCCCACCCACAGAGAGAUCAACAUCUACGACUGUGCAAGCCUCGACACCAAUGAUUAUCACAAGAUCCUUGCGUCCAUGCCGGCUUUGACUCGGCUGAACCUACGGUUCGUAACGCCAAUGAAGGAUCGCAUUUUCCAGUAUAUAAUGGAUCGCGACAUGAAUAUUCAAGACCUUCAUCUGGAUUCGCCGAAUCUUGUGACCGACGAAUGCUGGCGCCAAUUUUUCACCAAGUUGGGCCCCCGGUUGCGGAGCCUGAAAUUGUGGAAUCUUGACUCUGCAUUUGACGAUGAAACUAUGGAGAUCAUGUGCAAGAGUUGUUCCGGACUUGAACGCCUGAAACUGAAGUAUCUCUGGAAAAUUGGCGACAAGGCGCUUGAAUCGAUAGCAACGCUGAAGAAUCUGGAGCACUUGUCACUCCAUUUCAGUCAGGAGACUAGCCCCGAACCCCUGCUACAGGUCAUCACUGAGAUCGGUCCCAAGCUACGCUCUCUAUCUCUGGAUGAGUUCCCGCUCGCAGAUGAUAGGCUGUUGCAGCACAUUCACGAGCAUUGCCAUCAUCUGAGUAAGCUUCGAUUCACCAAAAAUGAUCUGUGUAUGGAUAAAGAACUGGCAGCGCUCUUCAGAGGUUGGUCUAACCCACCUUUGCGAUUUGUGGAUUUCCAUGGCCUUCGUGAUGUAGACAUGUCCAACCCCGCUGGACCAGCCGAGCCUGUUGGCCUGGCAUCGGAUGGCUUCAUCGCUCUGAUGGAACACUCAGGCUCCAGACUCGAGACUUUGAAUAUUGCCUCUUGUCGCCACAUCUCAUAUGCGGCAUACGAGGAAGCCUUCUCUGAGCACAAACGAUAUCCCGAACUCAAGUAUCUCGAUAUCGCAUUCCAGGGCGUCGUGGAUGACUUUCUGGCACAGAGCAUAUUCCGAUGUUGCCCAAACCUCUCCAGACUAGUUGUCUUUGGUUGCUUUAAAAUCCGCGACUUGCGAGUCCCUCGGGGUGUAAAUGUGAUUGGCACUAUGGGCGCCAAGCUGAACGUUGACGGGAUUGCUCAGAAAGAGGUUUUUUGA